AAUGCAGGUGGGCAGUAGCACACAGCUGUGCUAGGAGAAGCGAGAUCAAAUAUCUUACAAGAUCAUUAUCCUGACUAAGCGGGAUUUUAAUAUUUUCUCACCGACUGGUCCUGGUGGAGGGGACGAUGUUGAAGACCAUGUGUAUGAUUCUGAACCUCAAACCAAGAUUCUGACGGAUCCAAAAGCUGGAAGGUACAUCUCUUCACUUCAAGGAAGUCCUGUAGUCAGUCACAACACCCAUCAUACACGCAACUCUUGAACCAUGCAGACCGAUCCGGUGCUAGUGGAGUCCCUGGUGGUGUUCUCCAUUGUCCUGUGUGUCCACUUGGCUGUGUGGAACCAGCUCUCAUGGUGUUGCAUCGCUUUGGCUGUCCAGGCCUUCUAUGUCCAGCACAAAUGGGAUCGCCUCCUGAAAACAGGAGCAGCAGUCUUCCAGUUCCGUCCCUCCGCCAACAGCGGCGUCUUGCCAGCUAGCAUGCUGCUCCCGCUGCUCGGGCUCACUCUGAGGGGUCGCUGCGUCGCUGUGGGGAAUGUCCACUUUGAGAGAUUCGCAAUGGUAAUUACGGUCACCGGGAUGAUGUUGGCACUGUUUUUGUCGCUCAUUGCACUGGGAGUCACCCGACCGGUGCCUAGCAACACCUGUGUGAUUACAGGAAUCGCCGCCAGCGCCAUCCUGUACACAGUCAAGCAGACACUUCUGGUUUCCGAGGUGAUUGAGGUGCUGGAGGUGCUGCUGAUCUUUGUUUACCUAAGUCUGAUUCUCCUUUAUCUCCUUCCUCGCUGCUUUACGCCUGGAGAAGCCCUGCUCACCCUGGGUGGCCUCAGCUUCAUGAUCAACCAGCUGAUCAAGCGCUCACUGAGCGUUAGCGCCAGUACCAACAUAGACCCUAUUCAUUUUUUCCUUCCUGUAGCCGUGGCAGGAUUAGUCUUGCUUGGACUUGUCUUUGCCCUCCUCUUCCUCUUCAUGGAAUCGGAAACGUGGGCGGCAUCCGCCUUUUUCCACGUCAUGACAGCUGUACUCGGCUUGGGCUUGCUUGUCCCAUGGUUGUCUCUCCUCACCGGACACCACCCCGUCAUCUGGAUUUUAGAAUUCCUCACUCAUAGCAGUAGCCGGAUCUGGCUGUUGGCGUACUGGGCAUUCCUGGUUUUUACCGCAGUGAUAGUAGUAGUGCGUCAGAACAACCGGCGAUCAGAAAGCACCAAGAAGUACCAAGUCUCCACGACUGUAAGAAAGUACUUCCACCUCCUUAUCGUGUUAGUCUUCGCCCCCGGGUUGGCGCUCGACCGCCCUCUACUGCACCUGGCGGCCGUUGCAUGCCUUGCUUUGUUUAUUUUCCUGGAAUUGGUGCGAGUUUUCCGGGUUCGCCCACUGGGAUCGAUGUUGCGCAGAUCACUGGCCCUCUUCCUGGACGACAGGGACUCCGGGCCUCUUAUCUUUACACAUAUCUACCUGCUUUUGGGAAUUUCAAUACCUGUGUGGAUCUCACAAGCACCGUGCAUGUCAAAAGGAGGAGUUGCAGGUGCCGGGGGAUUGGCACCCUAUGCCGGCGUCCUAGCCGUCGGGGUCGGAGACACUGUCGCGUCUAUUUUUGGAAGCACAGCUGGUGAGAUCCGCUGGCCGGGCACCAAAAAGACUUUCGAGGGCACGGCGACCUCAGUGUUUGCACAGAUCAUCGCUGUGGCCAUAUUCCUGAUAGCGGACGCCAGCAUAAACUUGAACGCCAGCUACUCGUGGGUAGUGGGCUCUAUCGCUAUGGUAGCCAUGCUUGAGGCGUACACGUCACAGAUUGAUAAUCUUCUCUUGCCACUGUAUUUAUAUGUCCUACUGAUGUUAUGAGCAUGCACACACAUACACACACAAGCAGUUCUAUAAAUUACAUUGUGCAUAAACAUUCUUUGAUAUAAACCUGUACACAAAUACACUAGAGGGUCCAAAGGUUUGCACCCACUAUCAAGAACUGUUUUUAUUUUUUAACUUAUUAUUAUGAAAUACGUUCUCAUUUGUUUUUAGGUUUUAGUAGGUAAAUAUUUAUUUUAAUUAAAUGAAAUCUAAGAGCGGGUCAUGAAAAACAUGAUCUGGUCUAUAAUAAGGAAAAUAAACAUCAAUGAAACAUUGAAUUAGGCGCUUACAUGUGUGUUUGUUUGCGCGGAAACAUAACCACCACAGCAAUCUGAGAUGAAGAAUGUGAGAUUCUGCGUAAUAUAAAGAAUGUCACUACUGAAGGAGUUAAAAAUGUAAUUUUAUAUAUAUUUAGGCUAAAAUGUAUUAUAUCAAAUACUUGUCACAUUUGAACGCAGAGAAAUCCACCAACUUGUCAUUUAUUCAUUCAUUCCUUUAUUUCAUUUUCUAUACCACGUAUCCCCGGAGGUGGGGUACACCCUGACCGGAGGGCCAAUCCAUCGCAUGAAACACAUGCACAUAUACACACUCGCAUACACUGCAUGAAUUGCCACACAGAAGAACGACCCCAUCUCUACUAUUUAGCAUUCUAUAUUGAGAAACUGUGCUGCUGUAACAUCCGUGCUUUACAAUAGUGAUUCCUACUUUUCCAUUAGUAAAACAGUAUAUCAGGAAGACUGUGAUUAAGAAUGAUUUCAGAUGUGCAGAUUUAGUAGAUUUGAUUCCAGCUUUGGUGUGUUUGAUUUGUGAGAACACAGCAACAAGGACCAAAAUAAUCGAGUUUCAGAUGAACCCUAUUGUGGAUUAGGAUUAGAAUUAGAAAAUGUGAUAUUUAACUAUUUAAAUGUACCAAUUAGUAUUUAAAGAUAUUGAUCAAAGCGAACAGUGGCAAUUAUAAUGGCAAGAGAAUGUUUGCCAAUUUUAUUAAUCACAUAAGUAAACGUUAUAAAACAAAAAUUAAAUUCCUGCCUACUGUAUGUGUGAAUCACCUGUAAUUGCAGGAUUUUUAUGAGUAGAGCUUUUGCACAGGUCCAUAUAUUGAUUAUAAUUUUUAUAUGAUUAAUUAAGCUAAAUUAUUUGAUGUUGAAUCAUAUAAGAAUUUUUAAAAAGCUGUGAGUUUUAUGCAUAUAUUGUACAAUAUGUUAUAAACAAGGGGAUUACAGAUCAGUUAAACUGUUAUACAGGCUAUAAAUGCUUUGUUAAAUUGGUUUUGCUAAAAUUAGUUUUGAGUUUGCACUUUCUGGCUUCCAUAAGCUGUGAAUUUUUCUUUCUUUUUUUUUUUUUAUUUUAUGUUUUAAGAGACAGGUAAAAAAAAGAGAACAACAAUAAUAGAUGUAACAAUGAUAAAUCUAAUAACAAUAAUAAAUGUGGGUAAUAAUAAAAAAAUAAUAAUAAAUAGAUAAUAAUAAAUGACUUGCAUGAUGCAUUAAUACAUUAAUAAAAAACUGUCAUUAUUGGCAAAUCUCUGUUGCAUAAAUGCAAUAAAGCAUUUCCAAACUUCACUCCACACACCUGUAUCACACCACCCUGGCAUGGAUUAUUUCCUGUGUUAUUCCUUAAUAAUAUUCUGUAUUAUAGGCUGUAAUGCUCUAUAUUUUGCAUUCUUUAAUAACAGUUCUUGUCUGGUGAUUCAGACUUUUGGACCCCUCUCUAGACAAAUGCAAAAAUUUGCAGGUGUACAAUGUUAAGAGUAACUACAUGUAUACACAGCUUGGUAUGUUGAAAUAUUCUUCUUAUAAAAUGUUGUGAAGGAACAAUGACAAUAGUCUCUGUACAGGCCUUAAUUUAUACAUACUGUAUCUCCGUACCCUGAUGUCAUUUAGACGUGGAAAACGCAGCAGAUGUAGUAGGCAGGUUAAUACGGAGUGUCUUCCAUAUUGAAUUAUUCAUUUGAAAUGCACCGGAAGACACGUAGCAGGUACCCUUUAACGCAUGCUAAUUAAGGUUUCAUUUACUUUAACAAUAUUCUCUUUGGUUUACCGAAGCUCCAAAAAUGUUUACUUACCCAAAGAUAUUUAGGGAAUAUUUGGAGUGUCUUGAGGUGCGAAUAAUCUUGUAUGUACAGUGUGUGUGAUUACAUAUUCAGUUUUAAUAUUUCAGUACAUCAUAAUAUGUUUAGGUAAGAGAGCCGCUAAAGGUUUAAUCUGUGUAUUUUUGGAGAUUCUGAUGAGCAGAGUGUAAACGUGAUUGUGAAUGAUUCUAACAUGCAUGCAAGCAAAAAAACUCUAAUGUUUUUUAUUCUUCAUUCGAGUCUUCUGCAAGCAGAAGUAUGCACCAACAUAGCCUAUGAAGAACAUGACUCUUGAGGUUUUGUUUUUGUUUCGGUAUUCCGUGUUAAUAAUGCAAAAAGGAGAAAAUUUUGUACUGAGAAAUAUCAGUAAAAGCAAUCAGACAUGAGUGUGUACUGUACAGUAUGCAUGUGUAUACAGUAUGUGUGUGUAUACAGUAUGUGUGUGAGAUCCACGUAUAGAGGGCAGUAAAACACUCCGAUUGCUGGCACACAUUCUUUGGUGUUAAUCUUCUCAUCUGUAUUUCCAUUCCUAAGUCACGUGUGUUUUGAUGAGGCAACGGCCCUAGCUGAGGAACUGAGUGUAGAACACAAAAGCAGAAAUGACCCACAAGACAUGAUGUGAAGCAAUAUACUGUUAACAAAAAAAAUACUUGGAGAAAAAGAAAAAAAAAAAACGCAGGAGCGGUAAAACACUUUAUACCACAGUGUCUUUGUUUAACAUGUUAUCGUUCAUUUCGGUUACGCUUUCUGCAUGGAGCCGUUUAUUUAAUGCACAAGGGGUGUUCAAGUCAAACUGGGACUUUUCAUUGCACAGAAUUCACACAGUUGUACGAGUAAAAACUACCUUUAUUUCUCUCUAAAAUUCCCUGCUACACUAAUGCACUUAUCCCAGCGUUUCAAUACCAUCAAGGUAGAAAGUUUUCCAAGUACACCAGAACCAUGAUCGAAUCGCCUGCUUCACAUCUGUAACCCUGGCCUCCCAGGAACUCCUUUAAUGGCCCAAGCAUGUGAAAAUCGCUUGGAGCGAGGGCAGGACUGUUCAGGGGAUCUGGCAAUAAGUUCCAUCCGCGUCCCAGAGGCCUGGAAAUGCAAUUUAUAUUUCUGGCUACAAGCUCUCUUUUUUGCAUUAUCACAUAAGAACAUCUAGUGAAGAAAUUAUUGUUUAUAGCUGCUAUAGCAUUACUAAUGAAACUGCGUCAUGGAUGCUCCACAUCAUUAAGGGUAACUAGAAAUCUACAAUGAUUAAGUCUUCAAUAUGUAAAGUGUUAGUGUAU